GGAUGACGUCGUGCCUGAGGAGGAGUUCCUGCUAAUCCAAACAGCGACGAAAGCAACGUCCACAGCUAUUUAUCGACACAAAAUUCGUAAAAACCCAAACGACUCCGUUGACAACAUGGCUGCUCAGAAGAUAAACGAAGCCCACGAGCACAUGGCUAAAGCUGAAAAAUGCUUAAAAACCAGCAUGACGAAGUGGAAGCCUGAUUUUGACAGUGCUGCAUCAGAAUACGCCAAAGCAGCUGUGUGCUUCAAGAAUGCAAAGCAGUACGAGCAGGCAAAGGAUGCUUACCUGAAAGAAGCUGAAUACCACACAGAAAACAAGACGCUUUUUCACGCUGCAAAGGCGAUUGAACAGGCAGGUAUGAUGAUGAAGGAACAAAAGAAGAUGCCAGAAGCCAUCCAGUACAUCGAGAAGGCCUGUAUGAUGUACAUGGAGAAUGGGACUCCUGACACUGCUGCCAUGGCUCUGGACCGGGCUGGAAAACUGAUCGAGCCUAUAAACCUGGAGAAAGCUGUGGACUUGUAUCAGAAGGCAGCUGGUGUCUUUGAGAACGAGGACCGCCUGCGGCAGGCAGUUGAGCUGCUGGGUAAAGCCUCCAGACUUUUGGUCAGGUUAAGAAGGUUGGACGACGCAGCAGCUGCUCUGCAGAAAGAAAAGAACAUGUACAAAGAGAUUGAAAAUUAUCCCACGUGCUUCAAGAAAACAACUGCUCAAGUGCUGAUUCACCUUCAUCGUGGAGACUACGUAGCAGCUGAUAAAUGCGUCAGAGAAAGUUACAGUCUGCCCGGCUACAGUGGAAGUGAAGAUUGUGUUGCCAUGGAGACAUUACUGCAGGGCUACGAUGAGCAAGAUGAGGACCAGGUCUACAGGGUGUGCAACUCACCUUUACUGAAGUACAUGGACAAUGACUAUGCCAAGUUGGCCAUUUCCCUGCGAGUACCCGGAGGAGGAGGAAAGAAGAAGAAGGCCGCUGCUCCACAAGGCGGCGCUGGUGGGGCACCGGCUGCUGCAGAGGACGAGGAUGACUACGAGGGAGGACUAUGUUAGUCUUCAUUCCUGCAAGUGUGUCGUCCUGCCCCACCAUGACACCCUCUGUGAACAAGUCAAAACCUUUACAAAAUCCAGAUGUGUGUUGUGUGGCUGUUCGAUCUUUUAUUGUAAAAAAUUAAGAAACAAAGAUAAUUUAGAAACAAAUAUAAUAGGUGUUGCAGAAGAGUCGACUUGAGUUAAAUCAGCCUUUUAAGUUGUGUUUAUAUGAGGUGGGUCCUCGCUGUAUCCACAGAUCUUCAAUGUUCAAUAAUGUAUGAAAGCCUGUUGUUUGUGAAUACAAUUUCUUCGUCUCUGUGAAGCUGUAAAUUCUGCUGUUAUUGUCCGUGAGUUAAGUCUAAAACUGCAAUAGGUGUAUCAAAAUCAGAAACACUCUGAGUACUAAAUAUUUAGCUUAUGGGUUGUUGUAAAGGUGUUUGUUGUACAGAGUUAAUUUAUUCAGUAUUCAUGGCUCAGCCUUUUGGAAAUAUAAAUGAAAUAUGAAAUAUAUGCAAUCAGCAUGUAAAUGCAUGUUUGGAAUAAUUGAACAGUAAUCUGAUGCAAAUUAACACAUUUCUUAGCAUUAAAGCUACUUAAUAUUGGCUUUAUGGUCUCCUGCAUCAGCAUCUAUUGAAGUUAAUGAAGUCCAUUUUACAGUAAAACUCCUGGUUUGGGACUGUUAUUUCUUUUUGUCUACCUCGAUGUGUUUGUCCACCUUAACCCUAAGAAAUAAUCAUGGUGUCUUUAAGUUUCCACAGUAUAUUCCUGAGAUGUAAUUGACUAAAGCUGUAAAAGGGACCAUGCAGUGAUGUUUUCAGUGCAUUUUCCCUCUUCUCGACUACAUUUAAAUGCUGAAUUUAAGAUUCUUUGCUCUUAAAUCCUCUGCUUGGUGAGCUCAAUUACACGCCAAUUAAAAAUUAAUCUGAUACAACAUGUCUCUAGGUUAUAAAGGGAUUGUUUACAUUUUUUUUAAACUUGUGCUGUUGCCCACUUGCUGUAUGUUCCUCGAAAGCAUAUCUUCAAACAUUGCACAUGCAUCAAUAAACAUUUCCAUUGUGUGGCA